AUGAUGGGCUCGGUGCUGCCGGCCGAGGCGCUGGUGCUGAAAGGGGCGCUGAAGCCGCCCAGCCUCUCCCUGGCCGAGGUGAUCACGUCGGAUAUCCUGCACAGCUUCCUCUACGGCCGCUGGAGGAACGUCCUGGGGGAGCAGCUGCUGGAGGAGAAGGGCGCCGGGGGCGGCGGGGCGGCGGCGGCGGCGGCCGGGGGUGGCCUUAGCAGCGGCCACGGGAACCCCAAAACGGCCUUCACGGCGGAGGUCCUGGCUCAGUCCUUCUCCGGGGAAGUCCAGAAGCUCUCCAGCCUCGUCCUGCCCUCGGAGGUCAUCAUCGCCCAGAGCUCCAUCCCCGGGGAGGGACUGGGCAUCUUCUCCAAAACCUGGAUCAAGGCCGGCACCGAGAUGGGACCCUUUACAGGCCGGAUUAUCUCUCCUGAACACGUGGACCUCUGCAAGAACAACAGCCUCAUGUGGGAGGUCUUCAAUGAAGACGGGACGGUUCGAUACUUCAUUGAUGCGAGCCAGGAAGAUCAUCGCAGUUGGAUGACCUACAUCAAAUGCGCCCGGAACGAACAGGAACAGAAUUUGGAAGUGGUCCAGAUUGGAAACAGCAUUUUUUACAAAGCCAUUGAGAUGAUCCCCCCAGAUCAAGAACUGCUGGUCUGGUAUGGAAACUCCCACAACACUUUUUUGGGCAUCCCUGGAGUGCUGGGCCUUGAAGAGGAGCAGAAGAAGAGCAAACACGAGGACUUCCACGUGCCCGAUGCCGGGGUCAGCACCAUCGGCCGCAUGCGCUGCGUCAUCUGCCACCGGGGCUUCAACUCCCGCAGCAACCUGCGCUCUCACAUGCGCAUCCACACGCUGGACAAGCCUUUCAUCUGCCGCUUCUGCAACCGGCGCUUCAGCCAGUCCUCCACCCUGCGCAACCACGUCCGGCUCCACACCGGAGAGCGGCCCUACAAGUGCCAGGUCUGCCAGAGCGCCUACUCGCAGCUGGCUGGCCUCCGGGCGCACCAGAAAAGCGCCCGGCACCGUCCCCCCAACGGAGUCCUGCAGCCCCACUCGCCCGCCCUGCCAGUGCCCCAUCCCACGGCUCUGGGCCACCACAUCCCCACCAUGGUGCUGUGA